CACGUCCCAGACGCUUCUGCGGCGCCAGGCUGCAAGUGAGACACCCAGGAGACCGGACCCCAUGGCUUCCUGGAAGAGCCCCUGGUGGCUGCUGAUAUGGAUGGUCUUCAUGCACUCUGCCCUCCUGCAGACCACAGCAGAGAAGUCUCCUGGGGCCUAUUUCCUUCCUGAGUUUGCACUCUCCCCUCAGGGAAGUUUUCUGGAAGAUACAACAGGAGAGCAGUUCCUCACGUACCGCUAUGACGACCAGACUUCAAGAAACACUCGUUCGGAUGAAGACAAAGAUAGCAACUGGGAUGCUUGGGGUGACUGGAGUGACUGCUCCCGGACUUGUGGGGGAGGAGCGUCUUAUUCUCUGCGGAGAUGUUUGACUGGCAGGAAUUGUGAAGGGCAGAAUAUUCGAUACAAGACAUGCAGCAAUCAUGACUGCCCUCCGGAUGCGGAGGACUUCAGAGCCCAGCAGUGUUCAGCCUACAAUGAUGUCCAGUAUCAGGGGCGUUAUUAUGAGUGGCUUCCAGAGUACAAUGAUCCUGCUGCCCCCUGCGCGCUCAAGUGUCACGCACAGGGACAGAACUUGGUAGUGGAGCUGGCACCCAAGGUCUUGGAUGGAACUCGUUGCAAUGCUGACUCCUUGGACAUGUGUAUCAGCGGCAUCUGUCAGGCAGUGGGCUGCGACCGGCAACUGGGGAGCAACGCCAAGGAAGACAACUGUGGCGUCUGUGCUGGUGACGGCGCCACCUGCAGGCUGGUGCGGGGACAAUCAAAGUCACAGGUUUCUCCUGAAAAAAGGGAAGAAAAUGUAAUUGCUGUUCCUUUGGGAAGUCGAAGUGUGAGAAUUACAGUGAAAGGACCUGCACAUCUCUUCAUUGAAUCAAAAACACUUCAAGGAAGCAAAGGAGAGCACAGCUUUAACAGCCCUGGAGCUUUUGUUGUAGAAAAUACAACAGUUGAAUUUCAGAGGGGCUCCGAGAGGCAAGCCUUUAAGAUUCCAGGACCUCUGAUGGCUGAUUUCAUCUUCAAGACCAGGUACACUGCGGCCAAGGACAGCGUGGUCCAGUUCUUCUUUUACCAGCCAAUCAGUCAUCAGUGGAGACAAACUGACUUCUUUCCCUGCACUGUGACAUGUGGAGGAGGGUAUCAGCUCAAUUCUGCUGAAUGUGUGGAUAUCCGGUUGAAGAGGGUGGUUCCUGACCAUUAUUGCCAUUACUACCCUGAGAAUGUGAAACCAAAACCAAAACUGAAGGAAUGCAGCAUGGAUCCUUGCCCAUCAAGUGAUGGAUUUAAAGAGAUCAUGCCCUAUGACCACUUCCAACCUCUCCCUCGCUGGGAACAUAAUCCUUGGACUGCGUGUUCGGUGUCCUGUGGAGGUGGGAUUCAAAGACGGAGCUUCGUGUGUGUGGAGGAGUCCAUGCAUGGAGAGAUACUGCAAGUGGAAGAAUGGAAGUGCAUGUAUGCGCCUAAACCCAAGGUUAUGCAAACCUGCAAUCUGUUCGACUGUCCCAAGUGGAUUGCCAUGGAGUGGUCUCAGUGCACAGUGACUUGUGGCCGGGGGUUACGUUACCGGGUUGUUCUGUGUAUCAACCAUCGUGGACAGCACGUUGGUGGCUGUAAUCCACAACUGAAGUUACACAUCAAAGAAGAAUGUAUCAUUCCCAUCCCGUGUUACAAACCCAAAGAAAAAAGUCCAGUGGAAGCGAAAUUACCUUGGCUGAAACAAGCACAAGAACUAGAAGAGACCAGAAUAGCAACUGAAGAACCAACGUUCAUUCCGGAGCCCUGGUCCGCCUGCAGCACCACGUGUGGGCCAGGCGUUCAGGUGCGAGAGGUGAAGUGCCGCGUGCUCCUGACGUUCACGCAGACGGAGACCGAGCUACCCGAGGAAGAGUGUGAAGGCCCCCGGCCGCCCACCGAGCGGCCCUGCCACCUGGAACCCUGUGAUGAGAGCCCCAUCUCCCGUGAGCUGGCCGCCUCCCAGCAGGAGCAGGACAGUGAGAUGACUUACGACUGGGAGUAUGCUGGGUUCACCCCUUGCACCGCCACGUGUUUGGGAGGCCAUCAAGAAGCCAUUGCAGUGUGCUUACACAUCCAGACCCAGCAGACGGUCAACGACUCCUUGUGUGAUAUGGUCCACCGUCCUCCAGCAAUGAGCCAGGCUUGUAACACGGAACCCUGCCCGCCCAGGUGGCACACGGGCUCUUGGGGACCCUGCUCAGCUACCUGUGGUGUUGGAAUCCAGACCCGAGAAGUGUACUGCCUGCACCCUGGGGAAUCCCCCUCCCCUCCUGAGGAAUGCCAAGAUGAGAAGCCCCAUGCCUUACAAGCAUGCAAUCAGUUUGAUUGCCCUCCUAGCUGGCAUAUUGAAGAAUGGCAGCAGUGUUCUAGGACCUGUGGUGGGGGAACUCAGAAUCGCAGGGUCACUUGUCAGCAGCUGUUAACGGAUGGCAGCUUUCUGAGUCUCUCAGAUGAAUUGUGUCAAGGACCCAAGGCAUCUUCUCAUAAGUCCUGUGCCAGAACAGACUGUCCUCCGUAUCUAACUGUGGGAGACUGGUCAAAGUGUUCUGUCAGUUGUGGUGUUGGAACCCAGCGGAGACAGCAGGUAUGCCAAAGGCUGACGGCCAAAGGCCGACGUGUCCCCCUCAGUGAGACCGUGUGCAGGCAUCUUCCUGGGCCCCCUCUUGCGAGAUCUUGCCGAAUGCCUGUGUGCAGGAAAAUGCAACCAGAGAUGAAGACCAACCUUGGCAAGCAGGGGCCUCAGAUCCUUGGUGUCCAGAGAGUCUACAUUCAGACAAGGGAAGAGAAGCGCCUUAACCUGACCGUCGGGAGCAGAGCCUAUUUGCUGCCCAACACAUCUGUGAUUAUUAAAUGCCCAGUGCGACGAUUCCAGAAAUCUCUGAUCCAGUGGGAGAAGGAUGGCCGUUGUCUGCAGAACUCCAAACGACUCGGCAUCACCAAGUCAGGCUCACUAAAAAUCCACAGCCUUGCAGCCCCCGACAUCGGCAUGUACCGGUGCAUUGCAGGCUCUGCCCAAGAGACAGUGGUGCUCAAGCUCAUUGGCACUGACAACCGGCUCAUUGCACCCCCAGCCCUCAGAGGGCACACAGGGGAGUAUCCUGGGAUGGACCACAACGAAGCCAAUAAUUUGGGAGCCACAUGGCAUAAGAUGAGGCGGAAGUGGAGUAACAAAAAUGAGCUUUAUUUGGACGAUGGCCAAAUUCAUCACCAGCCUCUCUUAAGAGCUCUGUUGGGUCACUGCAGCCAUUCUGCAGGAAAUGCCAACUCCUGGGAGUUUGAGAAAAAGCAGUUUGAAUCCGCAGUUAAACAGGGAGCCUACAGCAUGGAUACCGCCCAGUUUGAUGAACUGAUAAGGAACAUGAGUCAGCUCAUGGAGACCGGAGAGGUCAGUGAUGACCUUGCGUCCCAGGUGAUAUAUCAGCUGGUGGCCGAGUUAGCGAAGGCGCAGUCCACACACGUGCAGUGGAGGGGCAUCCUGGGAGAGGCGCCUCCCGCGGCUCACCUAAGGGGGGAAACGGGAAGUGUGCCCCAAAGCUCAAAUUCGAAAAACUCAGGCAAGCUGACAUUCAAGCCAAAGGGACCUGUUCUCUUGAGGCAAAGCCAGCCCACCUCAAUUUCUUUUAAUAAAACAGUAAAUUCAAGGAUUGGAAAUACAGUCUACGUUACAAGAAGGACGGAGGUCAUCAAUAUACUGUGUGAGCUUGUUACCCCCGGUGAGGCCACAUAUACAUGGACCAAGGAUGGAGCAUCGUUACGACCCUCCAAAAAAGUCAUUGUGGAUGGAAUGGGGAAAAUACAGAUACAGAAACCUACAAAGAAAGAACAAGGAAUAUAUGGAUGUUCUGUCGCUAAUCAUCUCGGUUCGGAUGUGGAAAGUUCUUCUGUGCUGUAUGCAGAGGCACCUGUCAUCUUGUCUACUGGAAGAAAUAUCACCACACCGGAGCACAGCCAUCUCUCCGUCGUGAUUGGAGGCAUCGUGGAAGCACCCCAGCGAGCAAACGUGACCAUCCAAUGUCCUGUAAAAGGUGUCCCUCAACCUAAUAUAACUUGGUUGAAGAAAGGAGGAUCUCUGAGUGACAAUAUUUCCUUGCUUUUCAAUGGAUCCCUGUUGUUGCAGAAUGUUUCCCUUGAAAGUGAAGGAACCUACAUCUGUACAGCCACCAAUGCUCUUGGAAAGGCGAUGGCAUCAUCCAUCCUCCACUUGCUGGAACAAAGACAGUCAGGCAGUAAACUUUUAUUUCCCAAGGACCAUAAACAGCAUAUGCUCCAGGCAUCCAACACUGGAACCAACAGUAAUGGGCCAACAAGAAAACCCCUACCUUCAGAGACUUUCUGGGAGCUUGGUAGCUGGACACAGUGUUCUGCCACUUGCGGCCACUUGGGAGCCCGAGUUCAGAGACCCCAGUGUGUAAUGGCCAACGGGCAGGAAGUGAGUGAGGCCUUCUGUGAGCACCUCCAGAAGCCGCUGGCUGGGUUCCAGCCCUGUAACAUCUGGGACUGCCCCUCGAGGUGGUUCACGGGCACGUGGUCAGAGUGCUCUGUGUCUUGCGGUGAAGGAUUCCGCAGUCGACAAGUGACCUGUAAGCGCACGAGAGCCAAUGGAACUGUGCAGGUGAUGCCUCCGAGAGCAUGUGCCCCCAGAGAGAGGCCUCUGGGAAGAAGACCCUGCUCCAGUCACCCGUGUGUUCAAGGGCUUAUUGAACCAGGGAACCAGUGUCCUGGACGUUGCCUGGGUCGCGCUGUGAGGAUGCAGCAGCAGCAUCAUAUAAUUUGUCAACACCCCAACCGUUCUGAGUCCGGCUGUGAUGACAGGAGACCCACCUUUUGGAGGAACUGCUCGUCGGGGGCUCGUGAUGCAUGUUGGCACGCAGGCCCUUGGAGGCCCUGUACGUCAGCCUGUGGUCAGGGCUUCCAGUCUCGGAAGGUGGACUGUGUCCACACAAGGAGCUGCAAGACGGUGGCUGAGAGACGCUGCGAGCCGGGGAAGAAACCCUCUUCCUGGCGGCACUGCCUGGGGCCUUCCUGUGAUAGAGGCUGCACAGACACAACUCACUACUGUACGUUUGUAAAGCAUCUUAAUUUGUGUUCGCUAGACGUCUACAAACAAAGGUGCUGUCAAUCGUGUCAAGAAGGAUAAAACUUUGCAGGGGGGUCCUAAUGCUGCUGUGAAGAUGAAACAAAAUGUAAAAGCUCUCUUCCCCACGUAGCUGGCACAAAAACAUGUAUUUCUUUCCAAAAAUCCCUCUA